ACAUCCGGUCUCGGCUGUAUUUCAAUGCACAGCCCUGUGCUGAGUGGAGGGACGGUAUCUCUGUGGUUCCCAUUACAAUGCCAACAUCCACCGUCCCGCUGCUCCGCUUUACUUCCUCUCGACACUUGAGCCCACGGAGGAUAUUACCCGUUCCACUGGACUCCGUUUGCCCCUCUCAGUGCUGAUGACUGUGAUGUAGCUAUGCAUGUUCCCUGGCUUUUGUCUAUAAGCUCUACCUGGUGACAGGACUUUGGACGUUUAACAUCUGUCACCAGCUGCUCCAGUGUCUGCGCACCCUGUAAUACAGUCCACCAUGCUGGAUGCAGCUGUAUAACAAGUAGCAUUGGGAAGGGAAACUCUAGUUUUUCUAAUCUCCCAUCAGUAGACUAUUAUGUUUGUGUUAGAAUGAGAAACUGAGUGGGGGAAAAAGUGGAAAACAAGUAACACUGAAGGGGCCGAAGUGCUUGUGUCAGUGGCAGAAAAGAAGAGCCAUCCUAUCAAUAGGUUGGCCGCACCUGAGGCAGCCAGGCCCUGAGGAUGACUAGUCUGUUUAGGCGCAGCAGCAGCAAUGGAGGCUCCAGAAGCAGUGGAAGUGGCAGCGGCGGGAGUGGGCAGCUCAACAACAGCAGGCCCAACCGGCAGGUCAGACGCCUGGAGUUCAACCAGGCCAUGGAGGACUUCAAGACCAUGUUCCCCUCUAUGGACUAUGAGGUGAUCGAGUGUGUGCUGCGCUCCAACAACGGAGCUGUGGACGCUACCAUCGACCAGCUGCUCCAGAUGAGCAUUGACGGACAGGGCUCGGAUGACAGCUCAGACUCAGAUGACAGCAUCCCACCAGAGAUUCUGGAGCGAACACUUGAACCUGACAGUUCAGAUGAGGAACCACCUCCAGUCUACUCUCCACCAGCAUAUGAUAUGCACAUUUAUGACAGGAAAUACCCUGAAGCCCCACCAACACCCCCACCAAGAUUUGAAGCAGAGCCUCCUCCAGGUCACCAGCAGGUCAGAAGCUACCGGAACUGGAACCCUCCUUUGCUUGGAAAUCUCCCAGACGAUUUUCUGCGGAUCCUGCCACAGCAGUUAGACAGUAUAAAGCAGACCUCUCAGAGCAGUGUAUCCCAACCUUCAUCGUCAUCCUCCUCCUCUUCAAUAAGCCAGUGGACAGCCCAGUCUGGCUCUCGGCCUGAAGCUGCAGGGACCACUGGAGAUCCAGGUUUGACAACAGGAGCUACGGAGCAAGACAAGAAACUGAAGCAGUAUCUGGAAGACGAGCGCAUCGCCCUGUUCCUGCAGAACGAGGAGUUCAUGAGAGAGCUGCAGCGCAACCGCGAGUUCCUCAUCGCCUUAGAGAGAGAUCGCUUGAAGUAUGAAUCAAAGAAAUCAAAGUCCAAUCAUUCAUCUAGCAUGGAGAAUUCCACAGGAGAGCAGUACUCUGCAGCUUCACUGGAGGCCGUCUCAGAUGAUGCCCUAUUCAGAGACAAACUCAAACACAUGGGCAAAUCAACGAGAAAGAAACUGUUUGAAAUUGCCAGAACAUUCUCAGAGAAGACAAGGAGGAGGAAGUCAAAAAGGAGGAUGCUCCUGAAGCAUCAUUCACUGGGCGCAGCCAACUCAACAGCGAAUCUUCUCGACGAUGUAGAGGGAAACCCCUGUGAGGAAGAUGGUCAGCCUAGAAGAGCAAACACUCAGGAAGAGAAUGAACAACGCAAUGAGCCAACAUCAUGAUCCUCCAAUGUUGCACCAUAUCAGGGUUACCAUGGCGACGACAGCAUGACCCAUGGGUGGUGGCCUUGGAGCUCUUCCUGUCCCCACCUGCUCACCCUCACCCUAAUCCAAACCAGCCAAUGUAAGGCUCAGCAAUGAGCUGAGACUCCCCCACCCCCUCCCUUCCUUCCCAGGGAGAGGAACUGGACUCUUCCUAGCACUGGGCUAACUGUUUGUAAAUGCAUUCUCUGUAUUAUAACACUUUGUUGAUAUAUAAUUUUAAAUGUAAAGGAAAAUGCAUUAGUCCUUACCAGUAUUUGUUAACUGCUUCCUUUAAUCCACGGAGAGGAACACUAGCACAGUAUAUGAACCUUUGUUACUUUUCCAGUCCUGUACAGUAGCAGACUGUGUGUCUGAUCGGGGUCCCUCAGGCUGGGCAUUUCAAAUCCAAAGUGUGCACAUGCCCCUUUAUAUACACUAAACCAUGUAGAGCUUUUUUACCAUGUUUUCUUAAUCAGAUUGUAAUAUUUAGCUGUUUUUGAACAUCAGAGGUUAUGUAACUGAAAUUCUUACGUGUCGAGUAUUGUGGCCAUUAAAGCAAACGUCAACACUCCUCCGCGGCCAUAAUGAUCAGUCGAUCACAGUUUAGUAGUUUGGUUUGUAUGGCGAGAUGAAAACGUGUCAUUCAAUCAGAUGUAGCACCACUAACGGCAGAGUUGCACAGGUAAAAGUACAUUAAGGACAUUGAACUCAAGUCAACUUUAUAUAGCACCUUUCAUACAAAGUGCUUCACAGCGCAAGAUUAAGAUUAAAACACAUGGUUAAAACAAUUAUAGACAAAAAUGAAUACAAAGACAAAAAUAUAAAAACACAGCAAUAAAACAAUUGAAUAUAACAACAAAUAACCACAAGACUUAAAACCUGCAACAGAAAAAACAAUAAAAUAUUUAAAAUAAAUCAAAGUCCAGUAAAUAAAGAUAAGGGAUAAAAAGUAUGAAAAACCAAUGAUAACUAAGGCUACGAGGAACUUUAAACAUACAAUAUGUAAUUUCUGCUGCUGGGGGGGGAAACCAUAACAAAAGACGAAGUUUGAUGACAUCGUGAAGUAGCGUGGAAUCAUGGUAGUUGUUGUCAUUGCAGUCAGCUUCUCCCGGUUAGGAUUCCUUCAGUGUUCAUCGUUCAGGAGGUUUCUAUAUGUAUCACGAUACAGGGGUUACGAUUCAAUAUAUUGCAAUACUGAAAAUCUAACUUUAGGAACACUAUCAUAGUAUAAAGAAGACACCACAAUAUCCAUAAAAUGGAAAAGUCUGCAUUUGUAUUUAUAUAACAUUCAACAUCAUAGCCCUCAGUUUACAUUUACAACACUGCUAUCCAGCUGUUGGGGGUUUAAACACAAAAUUCUUGAGUUUUUUUAAGAAUUAAUACAAUGUCACAAAAUAAAAUAUUGCAAUAUAUUUUUCUAUAUUUUCUUACAGCCAUAGUCAUUACUGUAAUUUUUCUAGAAUAGCAUUGUUCUCACCUCGCCUUUGAACCAAACUAGGAGUGUGAAUCCACCGCUCUAGACAUGCUUGAAUUAAGCGUGCCCAUAGAGCUUCAUUCACUGCUUCACUAGAAACUUUGCUAACAUUCUGCCAGGUUUCCAGAAUUCCCACAUUAAAGCUGCAGUAGGUAACUUUUAGAAAAAUACCUUUCGCCAUAUUUGCUUUGCUUACUUUUACUAUAUCCUAUAAAGACACUUAGGGUUGGAGGUUUGAGGACCGUUGAUUGUUGAGUCUUUGUGUCUUUAUAUCUUUCUCUGCUCUGAGUGGUUGUUUUUGGUCAGUCCCAGUGGAUUCUUGCAAAUACCAUUAAGAGCACUAGGAGGAGCCAGAGGAACCUGAUUUUUUAUUUUUUAUUUUUUAUUUUUUCAGAUUAUCUGUCUCAUAUACUGUUGUCAGGAUAUAAUGAAGGUUUUAGCAAAUGUGAGAAAAUAAAUAUUUUUAUAAAAAAUUACCUACUGCAACUUUAAACCUAAUCUAUAUUUUUGCAAGACAUUAUGGGAAUAAGAAAUAUCGCAGCGACUACAUUGCCAUAUCUCACUGUUCCUGUAGUCUUUGAGUAAAUGAUGUCUUUGUUGAUCUCAUCUCCCUGAGUGAAGGGGAACACAUUUCUAAAUGCCAGUGUUAAUACAGCAAACAAUGGCAUCAUGUUCAGAUGUAGGAGAAUACAUUUUGUGAUCUAAACGUCUGUUUUAGAGGAUAAAGCAUCUGAAACAUGAUUGGAUGAUUAUACUGUUAUAGGAUGCCAUUGGAAGUGAAGUCUGACGUUGAAAACACAAGAAAUGCCUGUGAGGUUUUCAUCCAUCCCUUUCUACUGCUCUUUCCAUUUGUAUGUGUAGAUGUGAAACUAGCAUGGAGUAAAGAUGUAGUCAAAGUCUGAUGUAGCCUGUGUGAACAGAAGGUGUUUGAGGAGGUACACAAAAAAAAUGCGUGCUGUGGAUAUAAGAAAACUGCCUUUUUAAGGUAGAGAUUUUCAACAAAUUAAAUGGAUUAACUUUCAAUCUAUGAAA